AACGCAUACUUUGCAGUCGGCCCAGUACGGCUGUAUGAAUCAGCUGUGCUUCAAACGUACACUCCAUACAAAUUAAUAAAUUUAAAAUAAACAACGGUGAUUCCAAACGAAAGUUGCACAGUUCAUCAAUGAAGAGUGACUCAAAAACACCGUUCGUUCAGAAAUCGUGAUGCAAAAGUGAUGUGUGUUGCACAAUUUUAAAGUUCUUUAAACAUUUAUGCAAUCAAAACCUAACCUCUUUUUACGUUCUGAGUAGAAUUAUUUUUAUUUUUUUCGUGCCUGAUUUUUGUAAGUUAGUGAAGAAUAAAGUUGAAAUGGAAAUUGAAGAAAAACGGGAGAAGUAUAGAGAGAAAGGGAGUGCCCGGAAUCAGAUAUUUACUGCGCUUGUUGCCACCGUCCCAACCUUCACCUAUGGCAUCCAGAUCGGCUGGCUGUCCCCCAUGGCCGCCAUCUUGAAGUCGGCCAUGACACCCGCGCGCGCGCCGCUGACUGGUGGCGACAUCUCGUGGAUGGCGGCCGCACUGCCUCUAGCGGCCAUUGUGGGAAUACCGUUCUUCAGUUACUCUUCUGAUCGAUUUGGAAGGAAAAUCAGCAUUAUAUUGUGCUCGUUACUGUCUUGCGUAUCAUGGAUAAUGAAGCUGACGGCCGGGGACGCGGGUACCUUCAUCGCGGCGCGGGUGCUCGCUGGGCUGGCUGCCAGCGGCUGCUUCGUGGUCGUGCCGGUCUACAUCAGGGAGAUAUCAGAAGACGCCUGGCGCGGCGCUCUAGGCUCUCUAGUCAUGACGAUGUGCAAGGUGGGGGUGAUAGGAGUCUACGCACUGGGCAUGUCGCUCUCCUAUACCACCAACCAGGCGGUAUACCUGACAAUAUGCGGCCUCCAUGUCCUUGGAUUCGCCUUCAUGCCCGAGUCACCCAACUACCUGGUCAAGAUUGGUGAGGAGACGAAAGCAGCUAAGACGCUAGCCUGGCUGCGUUGCCGGCGGCGCGACGACCCCGCGGUGAGGGACGAGGUCACGAAACUCAAGCUGGAGCACCGAGCAUUCCUCGCCAUGCCCAAGAUCACUCUCAUGAGCGUCGUCCGCGACCGGCCAGCCUUCAGCGCGCUCCGCCUGACCCUCACUCUCAUGGCGAUGCAGACGCUGUCGGGCUGCUUCGCUCUCAUGAACUACGCCGCCGACAUGUUCGCCCGAGCCGGCGCCGAGUGGAGCCCCGACACGCUGGCGCUCAUUAUGGGGUCACUGCAGCUGGCUGGCUCGGCGUUCACGACUGUCACGAUAGACAAGUUUGGUAGAAAGAUCCCGCUAGCCCUCAGCUCGCUCACCGUCUCAGCGUGCAUGGCGGCUCUAGCGACGUGCUUCCUGCUACCCGCGGCGCCGCGCUGGCUGCCCGUGCUGGCGGUGUGCGCGUGUAUACUCGCGUACGGGGUCGGGCUGGCUCCCGUGCCCAUGGUGGUCAUGGCUGAGGUGUUUAGUUUUGAGCUGCGCGCGCGCAUGGCCGGCGCGUCGAUGGCGUUCUCCUUCUUCUGCAGUUCAAUGACCGUGCUCUUCUACAACCCAGCUGUCAACCUGGUCAUAGUCUUCUACACAUUCGCCUCUGUCGGCCUUCUAGGGUUCAUUUACACCAUACUGUGGGUGCCCGAGACUAAGGGGAAGACGUUGGAGGAGAUACAGGCUCAUUGGAAGGAUAAAAACCCUCCUCCGACAUUCGUUUGAGAGGUUAUAAGUGUUAGUGGUGUGGUGGGCUCAAAUACUUUUGUAUGUAACUUCUUUUGUACUAAGUAUACAGUAUGUAAUGUACUAGCGAAGGAAAACCAGGGUCAACUCUGAUCAAUACAUAAUAGAAACUCUAUGUAAAUAUACAUUUAAAUGUAACCGCUGAAUAACUACUUUUUCAAGAUAAUUGAAAUUUAUUGUACCUACUUAGUUAUGACGUUUGGAAGUUCUUAUUAUAUUUAAGUAGAGGUCGACUGGCUGUAAAGCCUGCCUUUUGGAAUCGGAGUCUUGUCUUAUCAGAGAUUUGUAAUUUACUUACUUAGGUAUGUAAAUGUUUGUGCAUGUAAUGUAAUAUGAUACUCGUCGUUUAUGAAACAAUGCAGCAUUACUGUACUGUGAUAAACUGGUAGAUAUUACUAGGUAUACCUACAAUGUAAUAAUUAUUUUAUAACUUAUUCUACCUCUGCAGCAUUUCGCUGAAUUUACUGCUUUUCCUACUUGUUAUGGUUUAAAUCUUCGGUGCUAUAAUGUAAACUUGUAAGUUAGUAAAUACUUUUAUAAGAUAUCAAAUUAAUGCAAUAAACACGUCAUGAUGAUAAA